GGAGCUGGGGGGUUGGCCCGGAGGCUGAUGUCCCCCGUCACUGCACUGCUGGUCCUGCCGCUCUGCAGAAGCAGGGAAUGCUUGGAGGGGGCAGAGCACCCACACUCCCACCCCAUCCCCACCCCUGUCCCCAUGGGUCGCUGCACUCCAGGUUGAUUUUCCAGGAAUGUGACCUCUCAUCACAUCUCCCCACAGGGACCGGCUGGACUCAGCCUGUCCCAAGGAGCCCAGCAAUGGGAUCUGUAUAUCACAGCCUGUCCAGAGGCCACCCAUUUCUGCUCAGAGCUUCUUAGAGAACCGGGAGCCACAGCCAUGGCCCAGAACGAGUGUGGAGCAGAGCCACAGCGCUUACCCGGAGCUUGUCGGCUGCUGGAGCGGCUUCCCACCGGAGGAGGAUGGCUCCUUCCCCGGCCUUGCAAUGCAAUUAUGGCCCCUAAUGGGCUUAGCCAUCUGGAGCCAGCCCAUAGCUGCCCCGGCACAGCUCCGGGCCUGGCACAUGCACUGCUGGGCAAGGGCUUUCCCCCCAGACCCCAGCCCCUGGAGAUGUGGAGAGGGGCCAGAGCUCUGCACUGCCCUCCGUGUCCAAAAUAACCCCCCACUUUGUGUCCCCCCGUGGCAGGACCCCACGCCCAGCCCGGGGCUGAGCCCCCGCCCCGGCGCCGCCAUGGUGCUCCCCUACGCCCGCAACAGCGGCGGCGCCGGCGGCUGGGGGGCCCCCGAGGAGCCCCGUGGCCGCAGCAACUCCAUCCCUGCAGCGCAGACCCCCACGGCCAAGCACAUGCUGGCUUACCUGCCCCGGCCGCCCACCGACACCAGCCGGUACGGCACCUUCCCCCAGAAGCCCGAUGUCCCGGCCGCUCCCGGGGCUCUGGUGGAGGACGGCGGGCAGCAAGCUGCCGCCGCCGCCGCCACUGCCACUGCCAAGAGAAGCGCCCCGAUGCCAAACUACCCGUCCGCACCCCGCCGUGGCGGCUUCAUCCCCAGUGAGGCGUCCCUGCCGCUGAGCCGUGGGAGCCUGGCUGCCCAGCACCUCCGUGGCCGCCCGUCCUGGUGCCCGCCACCCGCCCCGCAGGACCCAGGUGCCCGCUUGUACCCGCUGCACGCGCUGAGCGUGGCCAACAUCCCCAACUCGUCACGCGGCAAGACCUCCGCCCGCAGCUCCACCGUCCCCGCCCCGGAGGGGCUGCCGAGCCGGCGGUGCAAGCUGCUGGAGGAGGACAACCCCAUGGUCCAGAGUGGCAAGCGGCAGCGGCAGCGCUACGUGACAAAGGUGGGCAAGUGCCAGGUGAACUUGGGCAACAUCCAGGACAAGAAGAGGUUCCUCUCGGACAUCUUCACCACCAUUGUGGACCUCAAGUACCGCUGGUUCCUCUUUGUCUUCAUGAUGUGCUACAUCGUCACCUGGGUGGUCUUUGGCUUCAUCUACUUCUUCGACGCCUGGGUGCGGGGUGACGUUGGGCACCAGGGCGAUCCUGAGUGGCAGGCAUGCAUCGAGAACGUGGACGGCUUCAUCUCUGCCUUGCUCCUCUCAGUGGAAAGCCAGCGGACCAUCGGCUACGGCACCCGGAUGGUGACAGCCAACUGCACCGAGGGUGUCAUCCUGCUGAUGGCUCAGUCCAUCGUGGGCUCCAUGAUCGACGCCAUGAUGGUGGGCUGCAUGUUUGUCAAGAUCUCCCGGCCCAAGAAGCGCGCCCAGACCCUCAUCUUCAGCAAAAACUGCGUUAUCUCCCGCCGUGACGAGAAGCUCUGCCUGAUGUUCCGCGUGGGGGACUUGCGGGAAAGCCACAUGGUGGACGCCAAGAUCCGGGCAAAGUUGAUCAAGUCCCGGCAGACAGCCGAGGGGGAGUUCAUUCCCCUGGAGCAGUCAGAGCUGAACCUGGGCUACGACACAGGGGAGGACCGUCUGUUUCUGGUGGAGCCCCAGAUCAUCUGCCAUGUUAUCAACCGCCACAGCCCCUUCUGGGACAUGUCGGCCGAGUCGCUGCGCCGGGAGCAGUUCGAAAUCAUCAUCAUCCUCGAGGGCAUUGUGGAAGCCACAGGAAUGACGUGCCAAGCCCGCACCUCCUACACAGAGGACGAGAUCCUCUGGGGAUACCGCUUCGAGCCCUGCAUGUCCCUGGAGAAAGGCGCCUUCCAUGUGGACUACAGCCGCUUCGAGAUGACCUUCGAGGUGCAAACGCCGGUGGCCAGCGCCAAGGAGCUGCACGAGCUGAAGGAGCUGGAGCAGCAGGAGCACUCCACGCUCAGCCUCUACUGGGACCACCUCGUGCACCCCUGCGCGCUGCCGGGGCCCGGCGAGGACGCGCUGGGGGGGAUGAGCGGCCCCGGCAGCGUGGCUGAGGGCACCCGGGACGAGCCUCCGGAGCAGGAGUUCCCUGCCUGAGCCCCCGCCCGGGGGGGCCCCACGCCGACAGUGCCAUAGCCCACCCUCCCCGCGGGGCCGAGCCCCCCUCGCCCCCCGCACAGGGCGGACUUUUGUUAAGCUGUUCUUUUGUACCGAGGAAGGCGGGACGCGACCGGCGGGCGAGUAAAGGCUGUUCGUGACAAACCA